UAAGGACGUUCCACAGUUAUGUUUUUGCGCAUUAUGAUCUGCGCAUAGUUUACACUCUGCGCGCUGACGUCACAAUGGAUGAACAGGUAUUAAUUAGCUGCGGGUAUGAGCUGAUUUUUCUCAUCUUCUGCACUUUAACUGCAGAUCCGAUGCGUUAUUUCAUGAAGCUAAAAAAUUGAAUUAUUCCAUGGACCAUUCAAACAAAUCUUCUCUACAAUUUCAAAAUACUUUACUCUGCAGUGCUGCCAAGAAUCACGAAUAUAAGCCCGAGUUUGAAUAUAUGAAAACAAGAAGAGAGGGUGAUUACAGUAUCCAAGGAUUCAAGUACCAUGUCUGAGCCUAAGACACUAGCUAGCACCGAAGAUGCUGUCCAAGACAACUUCAAAGGAAAUUCAAGUAACAUGUCUCAGCCUAAGACACUAGCUAGCACUGAGGAUGCUGUCCAAGACAACUUCAAAGGAGAUUCAAGUAACAUGUCUGAGCCUAAGACACUAGCUAGCACUGAGGAUGCUGUCCAAGACAACUUCAAAGGAGAUUCAAGUACUGUGUCUGAGCCUAAGACACUAGCUAGCACCGAGGAUGCUGUCCAAGACAACUUCAAAGGAGAUUCAAGUAACAUGUCUGAGCCUAAGACACUAGCUAGCACCGAGGAUGCUGUCCAAGACAACUUCAAAGGAGAUUCAAGUAACAUGUCUGAGCCUAAGACACUAGCUAGCACCGAAGAUGCUGUCCAAGACAACUUCAAAGGAGAUUCAAGUAACAUGUCUGAGCCUAAGACACUAGCUAGUACCGAGGAUGCUGUCCAAGACAAUUUCAAAGGAGAUUCAAGUAACAUGUCUGAGCCUAAGACACUAGCUAGCACCGAAGAUGCUGUCCAAGACAACUUCAAAGGAAAUUCAAGUAACAUGUCUCAGCCUAAGACACUAGCUAGCACUGAGGAUGCUGUCCAAGACAACUUCAAAGGAGAUUCAAGUAACAUGUCUGAGCCUAAGACACUAGCUAGCACUGAGGAUGCUGUCCAAGACAACUUCAAAGGAGAUUCAAGUACUGUGUCUGAGCCUAAGACACUAGCUAGCACCGAGGAUGCUGUCCAAGACAACUUCAAAGGAGAUUCAAGUAACAUGUCUGAGCCUAAGACACUAGCUAGCACCGAGGAUGCUGUCCAAGACAACUUCAAAGGAGAUUCAAGUAACAUGUCUGAGCCUAAGACACUAGCUAGCACCGAGGAUGCUGUCCAAGACAAUUUCAAAGGAGAUUCAAGUAACAUGUCUGAGCCUAAGACACUAGCUAGCACCAAGGAUGCUGUCCAAGACAACUUCAAAGGAGAUUCAAGUAACAUGUCUGAGCCUAAGACACUAGCUAGCACCGAGGAUGCUGUCAAAGACAACUUCAAAGGAGAUUCAAGUAACAUGUCUGAGCCUAAGACACUAGCUAGCACCGAGGAUGCUGUCCAAGACAACUUCAAAGGAGAUUCAAGUAACAUGUCUGAGCCUAAGACACUAGCUAGCACCGAGGAUGCACUCCAAGACAAUUUCAAAGGAGAUUCAAGUACCGUGUCUCAGCCUCAGACACUAGCUAGCACUGAUGAUGCACUUCAAGACAAUCUCAAAGGAGAUUCAAGUACCUUGUCUCAACCUGGGACACUAGCUAGCACUGAGGAUGCUGAUCAUGAUAGUGCUUUGCAGAUGCCUGACCAAUUCCUUCAAGUCGGUCAACCCCUGAUUGGCGGUGAUAGUGGUUCUGAAUUGAGUAGCUUCCAUAGUCUGCGUUCUUCAGAGAGUCCUGAUAGACGGAAUCGACAAGUUUAUAUCCAUGCACCCCCAAGCUUACCAGCUAUACUCAGGGUCAUAUGUGACUGGAGCUCAGGCUCAUCAGAUGCAAAUAGGAACAAGAACCAGAGAUGGCAUUCUGUUUGAUAUGAGGUAGUAGAGGUAAUAAACCUGCUGACAAUCUUCUUUCCAUUUGGUCUCAUCCCACUUGUUCUAAUCCUAUUUUGUGUAAAAUUCAUUUGGUCUAAUUGACAUUCUAUCCCCAUUACUACUACUACUACUACUACUACUACUACUAAUAAUAAUAAUAAUAAUAAUAACGUCAUAUUUUACCCAGGGAAGCCACUUCAGUUCUGAAAACUGUUUUACGUGCCGGCCCUGCUUAACAUAAUAGUGUUAUUAUUAUCCCCGGUUUUAGCAUGGCUACGUUGAUCGGGCGCUCAAGCAUUCAAAGCAUUUCUUCCUACCGGGUAACCAUUCACCUCACCUGGGUCGAGUGCAACACAGUGUGGAUAAAUUUCUUGCUGAAGAAAAACACGCAUUACAUCUAAUAUCCACUUGGCCUAACUCCUGGACCAACUGAUUGUAGAACUAGUGAAAAGAAAACUCCAUAAGAUAUCAUAUUAAUCUGGAAGUUCAGGUGCUAUUGGUAUUACAAUGCUUACUUGGUGCUGCUAUCAUCUGACAAGGCAUCAAUCUGCAUUUGCUGUCUCAGACCCAGGAGAGAAAUGAUGAUUAGGGAAUGGCUUAUGGAUUGAUGACAACUGUCAGCUACUAGUACUGAAACCCUAGCAUUUGAUUUGCUGAAAGCAUAAGUUUCAACAAAUUCACAGAGAUGGAGAAUUGUAAAGGUUAGGGGUUUGUUGUAACAAAUAUCAAGGAAACAUUAACUUGAAUAUUCUUUCUGUAGAAUGCAAUGUUAUGAGAAACUUUGAGAAGUUUUCAUAAGAUUGUGUACCCCUGGGUAUAGAGUGUUAAGUAUAUAAACAAAUCCUUGCAAAGAGGUAUUCUUGCCACUAGGGUGAGCUUUCCACCCUAAUAGAUUUUUUUUUUGUAAACAUGUAUUUAUACUGUUCAGUAGUCUAGCUAUAAAAUGGUUGCAUCAUUUUCAUCAUUUUGAAUUUUCAAAAUUUUGAUCACGGGUUUUUAAUGUCCUUUACAGGUAUGGACAGAUAAAGAGAAUGCGGGUAGAUAAUUUGUGUAAAUGCCUCAAAUGUAUAUAAGAAAUAAUUUUUGUGGUAAAGAUGUGUUUUUGUAUAUCUUACUUUGGAAGGUUUGUAUCAAAUUUUAUAUUAAGUCAAGGAAUAGAUAGUGAAUGGUUCAAGCUUUAAUGCAAUCACAAUCCUAAUAGAUUUUUGUACUAUUUUGUAAAAUGAAAUUUAAGGUUACAAAGACUAGUUUUAAAUGUAUAUUUUGGUCUGAUAUUAAGGAAGAAAUGGAUUGUGUGGUAAGUACCUCUUGUAUAUUAGCAAAUGUGUUCUUGACAGUAUUGUAUUGUAUUUGUAUAUUUGUGAUUUUGUAUUUUAAUGUAUUAUAUAUGUGAAGAAGUAUAUCAACUCUAAUUUGGAAAGUAGAAAUAAUGGCAAAGUCAAAUAGUUCGGGAAAAUAAAAUUGCAAUAAUGCACAUGCAGAUGAAAUAUAUAAAUUGAUAUUUUUAUAUUAUCGCCAUAGAAACAAACUGUCAGACUAACAAUAUGAUCAAAUGAAAUGUAUUGGAUAGGUUACAAACAAUGGUACUGAGAAUACAUUUUUAACAUUAGUGAAAAUCUAACAUGGCUGUUAAAAUGGUUGAUCAUUUUAUGUGGUUAGAUAUUGUUUUUAAUUAUUGGAUCAUAUUUAUUGAUAUUUGAAACAAAAUUUUCCAUGGAUAGUACAAUUUUAUAUAUUUUUCUUAACUAUAUACUCACAUGUUUGCACAAUUUUCAAGUCUAUAAAGGGUAUUGAAACAACCUUCCAAUAACUGGAGAUUGGAACAGAAUGAAACGGUUUUGAAAUGUUGGCUUGAUUUUCAAAACGAGAUUUUUAGAUGUAAAAAUAUUAACCUAUCGCUUUUGAAUAAUGAGUUGCUAUAGACUAGUUUGUUCCAUGAUGAAAUAUCCUCUGAUAUCCUCAUUUGUAAGUUAGCCAAAGUUUUAAUUAUUGGUUUUAAUCGUGGUUCAAAUCAUGUCACUUUUGAAAGAUACAGAUUUUUUUGGGGGGGUGUGAAUGCAAUAUUGGACAGCAGUAUUAAAUGUCAGUAUGAUCAAAAGUAUACUGAGAUAUUAGUCAACUUAUGAAGGCAAGUCCGAUAGAUUUGAAUAAAUAGAGAAAAAUCAAUCAAGCAUAAUGUUAAAAAUUUUAUCAAAAUUUGAUAUAAUAAUAAUAAUUGAAAGAAAAAAGUUAGACACAACCCCGUGAUAUGCAAAUGAGAGAGUCAAUGAUGACACACACUGUCUUUUUCUUUUGUAUAUGAAUUAUCGAAUAUUUAAAUUUUUGCAAAUUUGCUACAAUUAUGAACCAUCUUCAUCUAAUUACAAUACAUGCAGGUUGUAGCAAUGGCAAUCUAAUAUAUUCAAAGAGGAAUAAAACCUUGAUUCACAUUAUAAUGGGGAAAAAAUUAAGAAAUUUCAUAAAAUGAAUUACAAAAGAAAUAUUGAGUGGGUGACAUGAUCAGUUUCCUUGUUCAUAUAUCAACCAGAAUGUGCAUAUGACUGUUUCUCAAAUCAAGCAAAACCUAGCAUUGUCAUUACUUUCUUAUUUUACACCCUAUAUUGAAGAAAUUUUGUACCUUAUAUUUGCUUUAUUUUCCUCUUUACAUUCAAAUAAAGCUUUUGUUGGGGUUGAUUUGCCUUUUAUGAUUGUAAGCUCUAGGACCCUUUGCAGAAACAGUUUUAUUUUAAGGACGUUCCACGGUUAUGUUUGUGCACUUUGAUAUCACAAUGGAUGGACAGGUGAAUAAUCAGCUAAAGGUAUCAGCUGAUUUUUCCCAUGAUCUGCAUUCUAACUGCUGACCCUAUGUGUUAUUCUAUGAAGCUAUAUUAGCUGAAAACAAUCCUCUACAAAGCAGAAUACUUCACUCUGCAGUGCUGCAAACUAUGACGAAUAUGACCUCGAGUUUGAAUAAAUGGUAGAGUGGUUUGACAUCUUUCCUCACUAAAUACAAUGCCUUUUGUAUGUUUUUUGUGUUUUAUAAAGCAAAUUUGCUCCAACAAGAGUGCUCAUAGUUUGGAAACAAGCACAUGAGCUCUUAUCUUUUAAUGUGUAUUACAACCAAAAGUUUUCAAUAAAGAACAGCAUUAAUUGUACUUCUAAAAUUUGUUCUAGAAAUUUGAAAUUUUUGCGAAAUGUUUUUGUCAUCUUUCACACCAUUUUUAUUGUCUCGCCUGCAUAGCAGAGCAAGACUAUAGGCGCCGCUUUUCCGACGACGGUGACGGCGGCAUUGUCAACAUUGAAAUCUUAACCAAGGUUAAGUUUUUGAAAUGUCAUCAUAACUUAGAAAGUUUAUGGACCUAGUUCAUGAAACUUGGACAUAAGGGUAAUUAAGUAUUACUUAACAUCCUGCCUAAGUUUCAGGUCACAUGACCAAGGUCAAAGAUCAUUUAGGGUCAAUGAACUUGGACCAUGUUGGGGGAAUCAAUAUCGAAAUCUUAACCAAGCUUAAGUUCUUUAAAUGUUGUCAUAACUUCGAAAGUAUAUUGACCUAGUUCAUAAAACUUAGACAUAAGGGUAAUAGUGUAUCACUUAACAUCCUGCCUGAGUUUCAGGUCACAUGAUUAAGGUCAAAGGUCACUUAGGGUCAAUGAACUUUGGCCAUGUUGGGGCGUAAUUUGAGGAAUUGUCAUCAUAACUUUAAAACUUUAUGGAUCUAGUUCAUGAAACUUUGACAUAAGAGCAACCAUGUAUCCCUGAAUAUCAUGUGCGAGUUUCAGAUCACAUGACCAAGGUCAAAAGUCAUUUAGGGUCAACGAACUUUGGCCAUAUUGGGGUAAUUUGAGGAAUUGUCAUCAUAACUUUAAAACUUUAUGGAUCUAGUUCAUGAAACUUUGACAUAAGAGCAACCAUGUAUCCCUGAAUAUCAUGUGCGAGUUUCAGAUCACAUGACCAAGGUCAAAAGUCACUUAGGGUCAACGAACUUUGGCCAUAUUGGGGGAAUUUGAAGAAUUGUCAUCAUAACUUUAAAAGUCUAUGGCUCUAGUUCAUGAAACUUGGACAUAAGAGCGACAAUGUAUCCCUGAAUACCCUGUGUGUGUUUCAGGAACAUGGCCAAGAUCAAACGUCAUUCAAAGGUCAAUGAACUCUGGCCGUGUUGGGAGUAUGUGUUGAAUUGGCAUCAUAACUUUAGAAGUUUAUGGAUCUAGCUCAUGAAACAUCGACAUAAGGGUUAUCAAGUAUGAUUGGUUGUUUUGCACAUGUCUUAGGUCACAUGAUCAUGGUCAAAGGUAAUUUUGGGUCAAUGUUUUAUUAUCAUAUUAGUGUUUUCUUCUGUGAAUAAUUAUUCAUUACCUGUUUUCAAAAGAAGCACUGCUGCUAUAUCGAAUUGCGUAAUGCAGGCGAGACUGCCAGAGGCGUUCCACUUGUUAAGAAUUGAAGAUGCUGCUAGCCUUAAAAGAGCAAACGAAUCACAGUAUGGAUUGAUUUGCCAUCUGGAGUAUACAAUUGUGAACUAUCCUGUAAAAUUUACUUAGAUUUUGAAUGAGUAAUAGAGGAUUAAACUCAGUGUAAUGAUCUCUUGAGGUCUAAAAAUGGCCAAUUCUGUUAAAUCCACAAUUCUUGGGAACUACCAACUGGGUGAACUUCAAAGCUCAGUAGCAAAAAAUCAAGGACAUAAAGUACUAUUAUUUUCACCAUAUUUGGAAUAUUUAAGUGCUAGAAUGAAUCUGUGCAAAAUUUGGUGAAAAUUAAUGGAUUUAAUUUUAACUGUGGAACGCCCUUAAAACAACUAAAAAAAAUCAAUCUCAUGUUCUAAAUGGUCCGUUUGAUUGUACAGGUCUGAACAUCAAGUUGUGUUUGAUUUUUCAACUUGAUUGCAGCUUUUUUCUGCAAUGGGAUCACAAAUAUUGAAAAAUCACUAGUAGAAUCACCAUGUAUUAUUAUGUCAUUAGGAAGUAUUCAGAAUGUACCUUUUGAAACCAAAGUCUAAUUCAAAUGGUAUUGUAUUUUGAAGAGUACAAACGUUGAUGGGCUAUAUGUUGAAAUUCACUCUAUACGACAUGCCACAGUUGAAAUGAAGUUCAUGUCAUUUUUACCAAACAUUGCCCAUUGUUAUUUUAGUGUUCAUGAAAUGUGAGAAAAAGGAAGUUUGGGUCUUUAAAGUUCACUAAUUGAAAGUAAGAUGGUAUGACCCAAUCAAGGGAUUUAGGCGUUUAUUAGAGCUCAAAGCGGGGUCACAACACAAAGUCAAACUUCCCAUUGUUUCCUCAAAACCCAUCUGAAUUCAAUUAAUUUCAAUGAAAAGUACUGGAAAGAAUACCAAAAGUAGAAAAGGUAUUUAUACUGGGGGCCACUUAAUCCUUUUGAAGUUAACAUCGCCCUCUUGUUUGGGAGAAUCAUGCGAAAAUUUACAAAAAAACGUAGCCCAAACAUUUCAAAUCUCCAUAGAUGAAAGAUAAAGAUUGAAAUGUCUAAAAAGGGGGUUACAUGUAUUUGCUUAUAAAUUCUCUGCAUCUUCUUUGUAGCAAAUGCAUUUUUAUAUUAAUCACAAAUUACAUGGCAAAGGGUCAGAAUCAAGAUACAGAUGAAUGCAAGAAUCUGCCCCUGUAUAUAUUCAAAAUAUAUAUUGCAUUCAUCAUAAUUUUUAGAAUUGCACCAACAAAAAAAGGAACUUUUUUUUUCCAAAAGUGGUGUUCACACAUGUUUUGGCUGAUUGACUCCAUUUUCUAACAUCAUCCUGAUUUCCAUUUAAGAAUGCAGGCCAUUGUAAUGUCCGCUGAUAGGCAUGCCUGUGUAGUCAUGAUAUCAACUGAUGUGGAUGCUCACAUCACAUACACAACUGUGGAAUGUUCUGAUGUUGCUUAUGUUUUUCAUAAUUUAAAGGAAAAUAAAACCUUGGGAACAAGAUAGUAUGUGUGAAAACAUAAAAAUCAAAUAAACAGAUCAACAAAAGUUUGAAAAAAAUCGGACAAAUAAUGAGAAAGUUAUGAGCAUUUGAAUACUUCUAUCACUAAUGCUAUAAUGGAGAUCCUCUUAUUGGCAAUGCAACAAAGAUAUGUGAUGUCACUUGUGAACAACUCUCCCAGUACUUUUGUAUAUAUGUUAUACUUGUAAUAUAAAAUUAUUCUUGUAAAUAUAUAUUUUCUCCUAUUUAUAUGAUAUAUAAAGUAUUAUAAACAUUAUGGUCAUUUUAAGCUAUAGUUACUUAUUUUUAGUUUUCUAAGCUGAAAUGCUCCUGUUUAGUUUUAAACUAGAUACUGCCUCCUUUCUUUUUUUUGAAGUCUUAGAAUGUCACUAAGUACAUGAGGUAGACAAUUUUAGAGUUGCAAAUUCUAUUUGACUUGGUGUUUCAAAAAGUUUACUGAGUCAAGGGAAUAAAGUGAAAAUUAACUGCACAAACUUAUCCAUUUGUCACUUGCCAUUACACAAGUACAGAUUUCAUUUUAAUUUUGUGCUUAGAUCUCUUCUCUUGAAAAGUUGAAGAACUUAUGCUCAACAUAAUAUGGAAACAGUGGAAUUGACAGCAAAAAAAUAUUCAAAAUGCAAUAGAGUAAAUGCAAUAAUUUCAAUACACUAUUUUCCAUCAUCUUCCUCCACGGAUCUUGGAAUAGGAUUUGAUAUUUUUAUAACCAUACCUGUAAGAACUUGUAGGCAAUUUCAAGACAUUUAUGUAUGUAUUGUAUGUACUAGAACCUAAUAUUUUACUAUCACACUGACAAAAUCAAUCGCCCUCUAUCUUGCAUUCAAGGCUUAAAAUUCAUUCCCCUUCUCUUUUCAUUCCCUUCUUUUUUUAUAUGCCCUUCUGUCCGUCCGUCCGUCUGUUAACUUUUUCUUGUAAACGCGAUAACUUCAGUUUAACUUAACCUAGGCUCAUAUAAUUUGGUGUGUAGGAUACUAGCAUGGAUCCUAGGAAGUCUAUUGAUUUUGAGGUCAAAAGGUCAAAGGUCACAGUGACAUAUUUUCAUCUUACCCUUCUGCAGUCCUUGUAAACGCGAUAACUUCAGUUUAACUUAACCUAGGCUCAUAUAAUAUGGUGUGUAUGAUACUAGCGUGGAUACCACGAAGCCUAUUGAUUUUGAGGUCAAAAGGUCAAGGUCACAGUGACAUGUUUUCAUCUAACCCUUCUGCAGUCCUUGUAAAGGCGAUGACUUAAGUUUAAGUUAACCUAGGCUCAUAUAAUUUGGUGUGUAUGAUACUAGAAUGAAUCCCAGGAAGCCUAUUGAUUUUGAGGUCCAAAGGUCAAGGUCACAGUGACAUGUUUUCAUCUUACCCUUCUGCAGUCCUUGUAAACGCGAUAACUUCAGUUUAACUUAACCUAGGCUCAUAUAAUUUGGUGUGUAUACAUGAUACUAGCAUGGAUCCCAGGAAGCUUACGCAUUUUGAGGUCAAAAGGUCAAAGGUUGAGGUCACAGUGACAUGUUUUCAUCUUACCCUUCUGAAGUCCUUGUAAAAGCGAUAACUUCAGUUUAAAUUAAUCUAGGCUCAUAUAAUUUGGUGUGUAUGAUACUAUCAUGGAUCCCAGGAAUACUAUUUAUUUUGAAGUCAUAAGGUCAAGCUCACAGUGACAUGCUUUCAUCUUACCCUUCUGAUGUCCUUGUAAACGCGAUAUUAUUAGUUGUCAAUUGAAUUGUUUUAGUUCUUGGUAGAAAAAUAUGAAUAAACCUAUUUUCAUAUAAUGAAAUACAAAAGAACAAGUGGGGAUAUGACAUCAUCAGCCCACUUUAUGAAUAUUCAUGAACACAUGCCUAGAAAUCUUUCACCGGAAUAAUGUAAAUCUGUAAAAUUCAAUAACUUCAUUAUUUUUUUUCUGAUUUUCAUCAAAUUUUCAGCAUUUUGCUCUGUGAAUUUUACUGUUUUUAUUGAGAUAUGAAUAUCUUCAGCCUGGAUUUUAAAGAGGGACAUAAAUGGGAAUUGACAAGAUCAAUUGUUGAAGGUCUUGAAAUUUAAUAUCAAUAUAAAAAAACACUUAAGGGCAACCUAACCUAUAGGUUGCCCUAUAUUAUUAAUUUAGGUUGCCCUGAAUUGAUUUCAAAUGAAUGAUAUUCAAUGUGCAUCAAUUUUGGAGUCAUGUAUGGAGGCACUGUCGAUCAGUGCUAUGUAAUUGUGGAGUCAUUCACAUGUGGAGUCAUUCACAAUGUGUGGUGGCCCAGAGGGGGGGGGGUGCAAUAUAAUAUGUGAGGAGUCAUUCAUAAUGUAUUGAGUAGUCGUAUAUGAAUUAUGAUUAUUAUUUUCAACGUCUCUAUACAUGGUGGUUCAUCGGGCUAUCCAUGUUCGCAUUCCCAUGUGCAAGUCUACAACAUCGAGAAAGGUACAGGCCUCUUUAUGUAUUUUUUUUUGUGUGUGUAUGUAUUUAUAUUAUAUAUAAGAGCAUGUAGCAUGGGUAUUCUUUUACUCACAUUUGUGUAAUAUUUAUGCAGCAUUCCAACGUAAUAUGCAUGUCCCUAAACCUGUUUAGAUCCAACAUUGGCAUAGCCUUACACUGAAUGUUAUGUACUUCCUUCUACUGACUGAUGUUGAAUUCUGCAAGAUAUAAGCCGACUGUUCGGAAAAUAGGCUGAUUAGCAAUGACAGGUGUAUGUGACAGAUUUGCAGAUUUAGAAGUCAAAAUAUUGUGUCCCUCUAUGAAAAUUGACCCAUCCCAUUUUCAAAGUGAUAACCACUCCUCUUUUGUGUCUUCUUGCUUAUUAUUAUUCAUUAUGCUGCCCUUUUUGCUUGUCAGAGUAUUUAUUUGGUAAUUAAAUACUGUUUUUGUAAACAAUGUUCAUAGAGCAAAUCUCUUUAUUCUUAUCCUCUACCGAAAUUUCUUGUAACCAUUUUCAGUUCAGGAUUUUUUUUUUUUAAUCUGUAAUUGCCAUCCUCCAGAUCUCUUGUAUCCAUGCUUAAAGCUGAUUGUACUAUGAAUAAAGAUACAGAUAAAAUACAUUCUUCUUUUAAA